UUCCGGUUGGUUUCCACGAUCACGGAGGUGCUGCCUCUGAGCCGUUGUUUUUAUUUGUCGGAGAAUUGAUGGGAUUUUACAUGAAAUCCAUUUCUACCCUUUUUUAUUCCGGACUCUGGUGAUUCCGGGCAGCGUCUCAUCCAAAUGGCUCUGGUUCAGAUAAAGGACGGGGAAUACACUACAACCAUCUAUAAACUGAUUCGAGAUGCAAGAUAUGGAGAAGCCAUUCAUGUACUCAAUAAUGAACUUCAGAAACAUUCAAAAUCCCGGGCAGCACUCUCGCUACUGGGUUACUGCUACUUCCAGAUGCAAGAUUUUUCCAGUGCUGCAGACUGCUAUGAGCAAUUGGUACAGAUCCAUCCAGAAGUGGAUGACUACAAACUCUAUCAUGCACAAUCCCUUUACAAGGCAUGCAUGUAUGCGGAAGCAAUGAAAGCAACCUUUCUCAUAGAUAAUCCAGUUUAUCAAACUAAGGUAUUAAAGUUACAAGCUGCAAUUAAAUAUGGAGAAGAAGACCUUUCUGGAGCAAAGAGCCUUGUAGAGCAGCAAACUACUGAUGAUCCAGACACCGAGAUUAAUCUAGGAUGUCUGCUGUACAAGGAAGGACACUACGAAGAGGCCUGCAAGAAAUUUAUCACAGCUAUGCAGGUUGUAGGCUACAAACCAGAUUUGACCUACAAUAUUGCCCUGUGUUAUUACAGCAUGAAACAGUAUGCACCCGCUCUGAAAUACAUUGCAGAAAUAAUAGAGCGAGGGAUCAGGGAACAUCCAGAGCUUAGUGUUGGUAUGACAACUGAAGGAAUUGAUGUAAGAAGUGUUGGGAACACAUUAGUGCUCCAUGAAACUGCAUUGAUUGAAGCUUUUAAUCUUAAAGCAGCUAUCGAGUACCAACUGAAGAACUGGCUAUGGGUGCAGAAUAUUGUUGCAGUGGCAACUAUAGUGUCCAUCUCUUGUCAUCAAACAGAUGAAGCAGCACAAGAAGCAUUGACAGACAUGCCGCCACGUUCUGAAGAGGAACUUGACCCGGUUACUCUACACAACCAAGCUCUAAUGAACAUGGAUUCCAAACCUACUGAGGGAUUUGAAAAACUACAAUUCUUACUUCAGCAGAAUCCAUUCCCACCAGAAACCUUUGGCAACCUGCUUUUGCUGUACUGCAAAUACGAAUAUUUUGACUUGGCUGCUGAUGUCUUGGCAGAAAACGCUCACCUAACUUACAAGUUCCUCACACCGUACUUAUAUGAGUUCUUGGAUGCCAUGAUAACGUGUCAGACAGCACCAGAAGAGGCAUUCAGAAAGUUUGAUGAAAUGGCAGGCAAACUUACUGAGCAGUUACGGAAAUUGACCAAACAGGUACAAGAAGCAAGACAUAAUCGAGAUGAUGAUGCUGUGAAAAAGGCAGUAAAUGAGUAUGAUGAAGCACUUGAAAGGUAUAUUCCAGUGCUUAUGGCUCAGGCCAGAAUCUACUGGAAUUUGGAAAACUACCAAAUGGUUGAGAAGAUCUUCCGAAAGUCAGUGGAGUUCUGCAAUGAGCAUGAUGUUUGGAAAUUGAAUGUUGCCCAUGUUCUCUUUAUGCAAGAAAACAAGUAUAAAGAGGCAAUAGGCUUUUAUGAACCAAUUGUGAAAAAGCAUUAUGACAACGAUUUGUACUUGAACAUGGCAAAAUUGCAGAUCUUAAAUGUGAGUGCCAUUGUCCUUGCUAAUCUCUGUGUUUCCUACAUUAUGACCAGUCAAAAUGAAGAGGCAGAGGAGCUAAUGCGGAAGAUUGAAAAGGAAGAGGAACAACUGGCAUAUGAUGACCCUGACAAAAAAAUUUAUCAUCUCUGCAUUGUUAAUCUUGUUAUAGGAACAUUAUACUGUGCAAAAGGAAAUUAUGAAUUUGGCAUUUCAAGAGUAAUAAAGAGCUUGGAGCCGUACAAUAAAAAGCUUGGAACAGAUACUUGGUAUUAUGCCAAACGGUGCUUCUUGUCUUUACUGGAGAAUAUGGCAAAACACAUGAUUAUGCUGAGAGACACGGUUAUACAAGAAUGUAUUCAGUUCUUAGAACAUUGUGAAAUUUAUGGCAAGAAUGUGUUAGCAGUAAUCGAGCAGCCCUUGGAAGAACAGAAACUGCACUCAGGGAAAAAUACAGUUACGUAUCAGGCACGGCUGUUAAAGUCAUUGAUUUAUGAGAUCAUUGGCUGGAAUAACUAGCAAAAUAUUUAUCUUCCUUGAAGCAAGGUUGAGCUUGCUAAGAAUUGUUUUACAUUUCAACUUGUCCAAAGGAAUAUAUCAUUUUAGAAAAUAUUUGACCUAAACCUUUUGCAAUGCAAUAUUUACGUAUUGGCUCUAUAAAUUCUCUAAUUCAUUUUAUAUACUGAAACUUCGACAGGUAUGUUCUUUAUGUAUCUUGUUAGUGACAUAAGAAAUGACUGUUCCUCAUGGAUAGGAAAUAUUACUCCAUACCUUAUUUGUGACUUAAUCAUUUGUUAGUCCAUGUUCAACAGAGACUGUGUUUUAAUUUUGCACUAAAAUUUUGUCAAGGUGUUUAAAAACUUACUGGUCAGAGUUGUGUUUUUUUUUUACUGUGACAUACUUGUAAGUAAAAGAUUUUGGACUACGAUUUCAUCUACUUUAAUGAGCACAUUUUGUUCUGAAAGACCUGUCAUAUAAAAUUGACAAAGGCUCUGUA